CAAAAUUCUUUUUGCUUUAUAGAUAUAGUAAUGCAUUUUUAGGUUACUAUAGGUUUUAAGGUUACUAUAUCUAUCAAUAAAUCUGGAACAAAACUUGUCUUUCUACCCUUCAAAACUGAUAUUUUUUUUUUCUUUCCUCCAGUGAGUAGAAAGCCUUCGUGAGAUCUGCGCGAGUGUUUGUGGUAUGUUUUGUAAACAAGCAACAGGAUUGGAAUAGCGAUUGUUGUUUAGCUCAGGCGGUUAAAAAGUUGUAAUAGUAAAUGUGAUCGGUAAUGUUUGAUUUUGGAACUCUUUUUUGGAUAAGAUGUUCCAAUACUCACUGACAAGUUUCACUAGCAAGAAUGGAAGAAAUGGAUAAUCAAACUUCUAAAAUUCCUUCUGAAGAGGAUGUUGUGUCACAUGGUAUUUUAACUUCUGAAAGAGAGGAGCAGAAUAUAGGCACUGAGAAUGAUGAAAAUGUUGCUUCUGUAGGAUUUAAAAUGCCUACUGUUCACCGGAAGGAAGAAUUAAAUAAAGAACAGAAAGUUCUAAGUGCUGAUCAUCCUUUAAUGAUAAAGUAUCAAAAGGAUUUAAAAGAAAGACUAUUGAAAUUACUUCAAGAAACUGAGGAUCAGCUUGUUGAUUUGAAACGUACUAUUCAAGCUCAAGAAGAUGAAAAUGCACACUUUGCUAAAAGAGGUUAUGAGAUUCAAAAUGAUUUGAAACAACUAGAAGAAAGGUUGAAAAAAAUUUAUUCUAAAUAUGAUGAGCAAGUUGAAAUUGGACAGAAUAUGCAUACGAAAUGUGGAGACAUUAAAGAAAAGUUUCGAGUAAUGGAAGAAACUUGGCAUACAGAAUUAGACAGAGAUACAAUUUAUCAAAAGAAACUUGAAGACAUUGCAUUUGAAGUCAUGCAACUCACUACUUUGAAAGCUGAAGCAUUCACUGAUGCAAAAAGCUUAAAGCGAGCAGUGGAGAAAACAUCAAAAAAUAAAGAAAAUCUUGAACUUCAGAAAAUGAGACAGGAUGUUUUGAUUUCUCGACUGGAAAAUGAUAAAUUUAAUCUAGAAGAUAAAAUCAAUUUGUACAAAGCACAAAGAGCUAUUAAAAAAGAAGAAGCUUUGGAUUUGAGGAAAGAACUCAUUGCAGCAAAUGCUGAAAUUCAGUCUAUCAAUUUUGAAAAGCAGCAAAUAGUGCACCAAUGGAAGCAAAGUUUAUCUUCAUUAGAAAAACAAGAUCUUGUAUUAGCAGAAAUACAAGACUCAGCUAGGGAAUUUGAAGAAGAAAUGAGAACACUUAAUAUGGAUAUCACUGCACAUAAAAAAUCUGUCAGGAAAGAGCUUGAACGAAAUGAGCAAUUGACCCUUCAGUUGCAGUUUAGAGAAUCAGAUAUUGCUCAUAUUAGGAAGAACCUCAGUGAUUCUCAAGAACGGGAAAAUAACUUGCAAGAAAAUAUUGCAGUUGUUGCUGGAAUUGUAGAAAUAACUGAAAGAGAAUUACAGUUUUUAAAUGAUAGUAAAAUUAUUAAAGAAAAAGAAGUAGAUGCAAAGGAUAAAAAAAUCCAGAAGGCUUGCAGUUAUCAGAAAAAGCUUGAAAAAAAACAUAUGGAUAUGUUACAUGAAAAAAUAACUAUUACAAAAGCUUCAAAGUACACAAAAAAACUUAUCCAAGAUAUAAGAAAUUCUAUUAGUAUGAACGAAGACAAAGGCUCUAGAAAGGAAAGGGAAAGAGAAAAACUGCUUCUAAAGGUUGAUGAUUUGCGUACUUAUAUAAAUAACUUACAAGCUAAUAUGGAUGAAGAGAAUAAAGAACGAGCUGAAAAAGAAGCUCUGUUGAGUAAAACAGAAGCAGAUGUUUUGAAAAAGCGUGAAAAAAUGGAUAUAAAACGUGGAGAGUACAAAGCUCUUGAACUUCAGUUGAAUGAAAUGAUUAGUGAAGCAGGGGGUCAGGAACUGGCACCUUUUGAAAGAGAAAUAGCUAAUCUGAAGAAAGAAAUUAUUGUAGCUGAGCAAGGUAAGAGAAAUAUGGAACAAGAAUAUUUACGUUUCCAACGAGAAUUAUUUUCUUUAAGCAAGCAGAGUGCUGUUCGAUCAGAAGAGAAUGAUUUAUAUAACAGGAAGAUUGCUUUAAUGGAAGGAAAAAAGAUACAGUUGGAAGCUGAUAUAACAAAAGAAGAGAAAGAAAUAAAGGACACAGAGAAUAGAAUGCAAUGCCUCGAAAAUGACAUUAUUCGUAUCAACAGGCUAUUAAGUGAGAGAACAGAACUCCAAGAACAUUUGCAACAGACAUCUGAACUGAGUAAAAGUGAUUUCAUCAAUGUUUUAAAGGUGAAUAUUAGGGAAAUAUCAAAUAAUAUCUUAAAAU